GGCGCCUGACCGCUUCCCGACCGUCCCCGGAAGGCCUGAGGGAGACAGGCGGGCGCUUGGUGCUCGGAAGGGCUCGGCAGCGAGGCCUUCGCCAGGGCCUCGUCUGGGUCCUGAUGGGCCGCCGCUUCUCCCCUUCUCUGGUCCUGGGUGGGGGUGCAGAUCGGGGAGGCGCAUCCAUGACUCCUCAGGGGACCGGGGCCUCCCCAAAGCUCAGGCACGGGGUCCCCCGGCCCCGCCCCCGCCCCAUCAUCGCCCCCAGCGCCGUCCUGCGGCAGCAGCUGGCACAGGGCCCGCCAGGCCGGCUUCGCCCGGGGCACCUGCAGUCUCGGGGAGCAGGGGGGCUGCUGGGGGCCUGCCGGCGUUGUUGCCAUCCCAGACCUGACGGCAGCCUGCGGGAUCCCGCCCUGCCCAGCCUCCGCCCUCAGCCCUCACCUGCCCACACCCUCGGCUCCACGCCUGGCACCUCCCGCUGUCCCUCAGGCCCCUUUGUGGGGCCGAUUCUGGGACCGGGCCAGGCUGGGUGGGCGGUGACAGAGGGGUGGGAUGCAGGGCCCAAGGAGGGCUGAGGACUCGGGGAGCUGUCUCUUCUCACUGUUGCUGGGGAGAGGAGAAGGCGGGAGGCUGCGUGGCUGUCACCCACACUGUCCCUCCCCUCUCUGCACCUCGGUCUGGCUGUCCCUCGCUCCCUGCUUCUGUCUGCCUUUCUGGACUCAGACAAAGACCUAAGUUGCCAGCCUGGUUGGUUCCCCCACUAACUGGCCGGGCAGCCUUGGUGGGGAAUGUCCUCUCUCCUGGCCUCAGUUGUCCCUUCCGCACAGUGGGCACAAGGUCUUCACCACCUGGACAGGACGAGCCUCCCAGCAUCCACGCAGAGCAUGAACAUUGAGGAUGGCGCGUGCCCACUCCCCGUGCCCCCCACUGCCGCCCGGUAGGAUGUCCUGGCCCCACGGGGCGCUGCUCUUCCUGUGGCUCUUCUCCCCACCCCUGGGGGCCGGCGGGGGCAGCGUGGCCGUCGCAGCGGCCGCAGGAGGGGGCUCCCCACCGGCCACCUCCUGCCCAGCCGCCUGCUCCUGCAGCAACCAGGCCAGCCGGGUCAUCUGCACUCGGAGAGAGCUGGCCGAGGUCCCUGCCAGCAUCCCCGUCAACACGCGGUACCUGAACCUGCAGGAGAACGGCAUCCAGGUGAUCCGCACGGACACGUUCAAGCACCUGCGCCACCUGGAGAUCCUGCAGCUGAGCAAGAACCUGGUGCGGAAGGUCGAGGUGGGCGCCUUCAACGGGCUGCCCAGCCUGAACACGCUGGAGCUCUUCGACAACCGGCUGACCACGGUGCCCACGCAGGCCUUCGAGUACCUGUCCAAGCUGCGGGAGCUCUGGCUGCGCAACAACCCCAUCGAGAGCAUCCCCUCCUACGCCUUCAACCGCGUGCCCUCGCUGCGCCGCCUCGACCUGGGUGAGCUCAAGCGGCUGGAGUACAUCUCCGAGGCGGCCUUCGAGGGGCUGGUCAACCUGCGCUACCUCAACCUGGGCAUGUGCAACCUCAAGGACAUCCCCAACCUGACGGCCCUGGUGCGCCUGGAGGAGCUGGAGCUGUCGGGCAACCGGCUGGACCUGAUCCGCCCCGGCUCCUUCCAGGGCCUCACCAGCCUGCGGAAGCUGUGGCUCAUGCACGCCCAGGUGGCCACCAUCGAGCGCAACGCCUUCGACGACCUCAAGUCGCUGGAGGAGCUCAACCUGUCCCACAACAACCUGAUGUCGCUGCCCCACGACCUGUUCACGCCCCUGCACCGCCUCGAGCGCGUGCACCUCAACCACAAUCCCUGGCACUGCAACUGCGACGUGCUCUGGCUGAGCUGGUGGCUCAAGGAGACGGUGCCCAGCAACACCACCUGCUGCGCACGCUGCCACGCGCCCGCGGGGCUCAAGGGUCGCUACAUCGGCGAGCUGGACCAGUCGCACUUCACCUGCUACGCGCCCGUCAUCGUGGAGCCGCCCACGGACCUCAACGUCACCGAGGGGAUGGCGGCCGAGCUCAAGUGCCGCACGGGCACCUCCAUGACCUCGGUGAACUGGCUGACGCCCAACGGCACGCUCAUGACGCACGGCUCCUACCGCGUGCGCAUCUCCGUGCUGCACGAUGGCACGCUCAACUUCACCAACGUCACCGUGCAGGACACCGGCCAGUACACGUGCAUGGUGACGAACUCGGCCGGCAACACCACGGCCUCCGCCACCCUCAACGUCUCCGCCGUGGACCCCGUGGCGGCCGGGGGCGGCGGAGCCCCGGGGGGCGGCGCUGGCGGCGUCACAGGGGGCAGCGGCGGCUACACCUACUUCACCACGGUGACGGUGGAGACGCUGGAGACGCAGCCGGGGGAGGAGGCGCUGCAGCCCCGCGGGACGGAGAAGGAGCCCCCGGGGCCCACGACUGACGGCGCCUGGGGCGGGGCGCGGCCCGGGGACGCCUUGGGCCCGGCCUCGUCGUCCACCACGGCGCCUGCGCCGCGCUCCUCGCGGCCCACGGAGAAGGCGUUCACGGUGCCCAUCACGGACGUGACGGAGAACGCCCUCAAGGACCUGGACGACGUGAUGAAGACCACCAAGAUCAUCAUCGGCUGCUUCGUGGCCAUCACAUUCAUGGCAGCGGUGAUGCUCGUGGCCUUCUACAAGCUGCGCAAGCAGCACCAGAUGCACAAGCAUCACGGGCCCACGCGCACCGUGGAGAUCAUCAACGUGGAGGACGAGCUGCCCGCCGCCUCGGCCGUGUCCGUGGCCGCCGCCGCCGUGGCCGGGGGCGCGGGCGUGGGCGGCGACAGCCACCUGGCGCUGCCGGCUCUGGAGCGCGACCACCUCAACCACCACCACUACGUGACGGCCGCCUUCAAGGCGCACUACGGCGGCGCGGCGGGCGGCGGGGGCUGCGGGGGCAAAGGCCCGGCCGGCCUCAACUCCAUCCACGAACCUCUGCUCUUCAAGAGCGGCUCCAAGGAGAACGUGCAAGAGACGCAGAUCUGAGCCCCGGGCACGCAGGCGCAGGGCGCGGGCAGGGGGCCCGCGGGGACAGAACGGGCUCCAGGCGGCGCCUCGUGGCCCCGCCCCCCCCACGCGCGCGCCCGGGGGUCCGGGUGGGGGGGACACGGGACCUGGGAGCAGCGGCCGCGUCCCCGCCUCCCAUGCGCCCUCCCGACGCCCCGACCCCCUGGCUACCCGCCCGCCGCCUUCCAGGGAGAGAGGAGCUUUUUUGAGGGGUGCCCUUUCCCCUCACACCCAACAGCCCUCCUUUAACGGUUCAUUUUUUGCAGUUUGACGCCUGUCCCUCCCUCCCAAGCCCUCCACCCUGGAAACCCAAGAGACAGACACGCGCGCCGUGGCCGGAGCUCCCCGACCCCGGCUGUUCCCAGCGCCGAGUGCGCUGCUCCCGCCCUGGCCCGCGGCUGGGGUGCCGGCGACCCCCGAGCCCGGAUCCCCUACCCCACAGACUCUUUUGAUACUGAAGGGAGGUUUGCGUCAAUGACUACCUGCUCUGUAAUUACUUUAAAAAAAAACAUGAAAAAGUU